UCAGUCAUGUCUCUCAUCAAAAUGAACAUCCACUUUGUGUUUGUCGGCUUUGUUUCAGUGCUGUUUGGGCCGGUCAGUGCAGAUGUUCUCUCUUUUGCACAAACUGAAGGAAAGAGCAUCACAGUCCGAUGCAACUUCGGUUUAUCUGGAGGCAGGAGGUUCUUCUGUAAGGGAGAAUGUAAGAAAGAAAAUAUUCUCAUCGAAACAACUGGUGAGAAAGCUCACAACGGCAGAUACAGCCUCGAGUACGAAGGAACUUAUUCCUCCCCUGUUCUGUACGUGACCAUCAAUCAGCUCACUAAGUUGGACACAGGAUGGUACAAGUGUGGUUUGAGCAACUUUUUCACAGAGUUGCACCAUGACAUUAAUCUCACAGUCAAUGCUGCUCCAACUACAUUCACUCCAGCUACAGCAACUACUGUUACAGUUAAAGGUUAUGUUUUUCCUGUGAUUGUAUCUGUUCCUGUGGUGGUUUUGCUUUGUGUGGCGGUUUCCCUUUUCCUCUGCAAAAGAAAGACCAAGAAGAACUUUGACGGUGUGAACUUGGAUGGCCAAAACUUGAAGUCACCAGGUGAAGACCCCAUCUAUCAGAGCCUCACUCCAGCCAGCAUGGACCAGGACCAGACCUACUCCACGCUCAUACACAAGCACAGAGCCUGAAAGUGCUGCAUUUAUUCUCAUCCUCAUCAAAAUCUUUUUCUAACUUGUUAUUGAGCCAUUUCCACCCAGAUGAGUGAAAUGCAGCAGACCUGACAAACGUUUGUGGUCAACCCUCUGAAACGUACAGUGUGACGCCAGAAGAAAGCAGAUCAGAGAGCAGCUGACCUCCUUAUUUAAACAUCUCAGAGCCUGCACUGAUUCUUCAUUUAGAUUUUUAUUCGCUGACGGGAAUUCUGCAGGAAUAUUUUAUGAUAUUUUACAUUUUACUUUGUACUGUUUUUUGGUUUAAAUGGUCUUACUUCAUUUUUAAGU